GAAGGUUUAGCACAAUCACUGACUUUAGUUGCAUCAAUUGCAUUUGCUUCUCUCUUUGCAACUAAAUCUUUUUUCCUUGAAACUUCUUUCAUCUUUCUAGACAAGUUUUCCUCACUCUUCGUUUUUAAUAUGGUGCGAUCAUAAAAUCACUUCCGAAUAGGCAUAUAACAUCUUUCUAAUUUAUUACUGGAGUGAAUUGAAGUGAAGUUUUCCAAAAUAGCCAUUUGUUGGUAUUAUAUAUGCCUGAAAAUUUCAUGUUCCUGCUAGUUUUCUUAUGAAUGCCAUUGGUUCAUUUUAGUACAGCCCAAUAUGUAUUCAAAACCUCAUUUGAAGGCCUUUGAAAGCCCUGUGUGAGUAAGGUCAUAGGGGUUUCAUAGAUUAAGGGUUAGGGUGCCUUGGUGAAAAUCAGUGUUUUCAAUUUGGAUUUUAAAUUCAUGUUCUUUUUUUUUGGGUAAAAUAGUGAGAAAAUGUCAACUUCAAAACAAGCAGUUAAUGAGACUGCAAAAUGGAGCCAAGCAAAUGUAGACACCCUUAUUUUUCUGAUGGUAGAGGAAGUUAAGAAAGGAAAUAGGACUACUUCGACUUUUAAUAAAGCUGGUUGGAACAACAUUGCCAAUAACUUCAAAGAAAAAACUGGGGUCAACUAUGCCAUUAUACAGUUGAAGAACAAAGUGAGCAAACUGAGGCAGGAUUAUAGUCAGUUUAAGAAGCUAUUGGAGACAACUGGUUUUGGUUGGGAUACUGCUUCAAGAACUUGUACUGUUGAUGAUGAAUCCAUCUGGGAAUCGCAUAUUAAGGAUAACCCUACUUGGGCACGAUAUAAGAAGCACGGACUACCACAAUGGCUAGAACUAUGUAUGGUAUUUGGUGAUACAUAUGCAGACGACGAAGGAAGUGGGACUCAAACAACCGUGUUGGAAACUAUGGGGGCUGAUGAUGCUAGGAAUAUGAUUGAGUCUUGUGAUGAGUCAAGUUCCGCUGAUGAAGUUACUCCAUUAGGUGACACUCAAACUGAAGCAGUGGAAAAAAGGCUAGCUACUAAGCAUAGGCAUGAUAGGACUCCAAAUACAAAAAGGAGGAGGAGCAAGUCUAAUGAUUGGUCAAUGGCAUGCAAGGCAAUUCAAGAUAUGAGUAAAUCAAGGGUAGAACGAGAUGCGAGCAUGUCCACUGCUUCAACCCAAAAUGCGGAACAGAUGUACGGGAUUACUAGGGCCAUGGAGGUGCUUGAGUCAGGAUAUGAGUUAGAUGAAGCACUAUACGAGAAAGCACUUCGGAAGUUAAUGGCUGACCCGCAAUGGAGAGAAGCAUUAAUUUUCCUGCCCUCCUCAUCGGAAGUCAAUACUCCUUCCUACCCUUCAGUAGUUUGCUUCUUGAAAAGUUCUUUUAAUUAGAUAGAUUGAUAACUCUACUUGGAUUGUGCCUUAACACUACUUUUAACUUUGAUGGUUUGCUAUGUUUUCUUUCACUUUUUAAGAUGUUAUGGAUGACUGUGUCUUGACUUUUUUUUAUAACUGUAGUAUUUGAUGUCCUUAAUAUUUGUUCAUUGUACCUUGACACUACUUUUAACUUUGAUGGUUUGCUAUGUUUUCCUUCA